AGACAACUAAUCGUCAACAGCGACUAGACAUGUCAGACACACGGUCAUAGCAAAAUACAAUAGAACCAUAACGAAGAGAUAUGACCUGACCGUGGACCCCGAACGACAUCCCCGGAAUCAGCUCGCAACGGGCGCUUCUUGCGCGAACAAAAAUAGGUCGUGAUGGUCGAGAACAAAGUGGACCGGGAUGUACCGCUGGACUUGGAAUGGCGAGAGGACGGUGAAUGCACUGCCCUCGGUCCGACACUCGCUGAUAGCCUAGAUCACGCUUCGGCGAUCGGCUCGACCAGCGCUCUCGAAUCUGAUGAAUCUAGCAAACACGAUCAGUCCACACUCAGACGAAGACGAAGGAAGAACGGAAUGAUGGUCAGAGAUCUGAGGACAUCCGUCCGAGGAGACGAGGCGGAUUUGAGCGGGGCGGACUCUGAGAGCUCCGGGACAUGUUCAUCAUCAGAUGGGAAUGGGCAGAGACGACGACAGCAACAUCCCCGUCGGAUCUCGAUCGAUACGGACGUGCAUUCGCUCAACCUGAGGUCUCCAUUAUCGCCGCUCGAGCCGCCUUAUCAUUCACUCCGUCAUAAACCUUCCAACUCUACCACGAUCGGAGAACCAGAUACACCUCUUGCCAGCCUCGUUCCUCCUGCCAACUUCGCCGAACAGUUCAAAUACAUCAUCUGCUCCAGCGGUCUCCUCGAAGCUCAACCGAAAUCAGAGCAGAAGAGGUCGAGCUUGCUAGCAGCCCGUUCGAGACAUGCCACCGAGAUUGGGAAUCGCAGCUCGGUGGUCUCCACCUAUGGAUAUGGGACCGACCUUGAACAAGAAUCAAAUUCCCGAUUAACGAACCCUAAUUACAAUCAACAUUAUCAACAAUAUCAACGACCCGCACGUUCUUCUACAUCCUCACGAAAUUCUAUACCCUCCAUCUCCCGUCCACCACCUUUACAGACGUUCACCAGAUACCCCAUCUCACGCCCAUCCAUCACCUCUUACACUUCAUGUGGGAGCACGACAUACCUCACAGCGGCUUCCACUAAUUCAUCCAGGACGAGCACGCCGACUAUGAUACUCAACCCCCUGCCAAUCGUCGAUUUUGAUACCAACUUCAAUGAUUCGCCCGUGACGGAUACGCCGACGGGGAUUUCGCAUACGUUACCUGACCUGCCUCGGCCGAGAGAGAGUUUGAGGCAGAGACGUAGGCAACGCGAGAAGACCCCCAAUACCGGAUCUGGCAAUACAACCGUAUAUGCGUCUACAGAUACUGCCACGAGAAACGCCACAACGACCGAACCUACACCUCUCCCUUAUACCCAACGCCGACCCGCCUCGUCCUGGUCAUACCUUAUCGUCCCGAUAUUCAAGUUCGGCCUCCGUUCGACGUAUACCCUCACAGGGUACCUAUGGAUGUGGGCCUGGGUGCAGGUGGGCUUGAUUUAUGGGAUCGGGAGUUGGAUGUGGGAGUUGGGGUGGAGGGUCGUCUGGGGGUUGUUGGCGCGGAAGAACAGGGAGCGCGAGUCAAAGGCAGCGUCAAGGUCGGGCUCGAGACCGAGGGAGGAUGAACUUCGGAUCGGAAGGCAGAUUGAAGAUGAGACGGACACGGAGGCGGUCAUGAUCAGACCGACCGAGGUCGCUUUGCCUACUCCUUUGGUCUUACGGACAGAACCUUCUGUACCGAAUCUGGCUGCUGAGCCCACAGCUACAGUCCCAGGGAACAUCGAAAUUGUCCCGAUCCCAGCUGCAAACGACAACAAGGUCGACCUCGAGGCCAAACCCGUCCCGGCGAGAGAGCCUAGCUUGCAGGCGUCUGCGCUGGAAGUCUUGACCCACCUGGUCGAGGACAACGAUGCCUUUGAAAAGACGGCAAACGAGGCUUUCGAAAAGCUAAAUCAGGCCGAUCUCGAUGACGGACAUGAUCCUCUCGAAGAAGCUCUUCGUACCAAGCUUUACUCAGCGCUGGAGGGCAUCUCGUCGUCCAUGAUCUCGGCGAGCUCAUCCUUGAUGCCGCUCGUCUCAGAACAAGAUCUCAGCGGUUUGCAAGAACUGUACAAGGUGGACGACUUCUCGGACGGGCUGUUGUCCCCAGGUUGGGAUCGACAGAGGUUCUCCUCGUCCAGCCGAGAUAGCAGAGGAGGUCUGGAUAACUCGACCGCACCGUCCAGGCGGCCUUUCUUUGGCGAGGCAAUCACAACCCCGAUCGAAUUCGAUCCGCUUGGCUUUCCUCAAAGCACUCCGCUCAGCGAGACGGGUGGGCCAGGCGAGAUUGGGUUUCCAUUUGAUCGGUAUGCCAAUCGGCCAGCUACCAUUGGCUAUCGGAAGCCUUCGGAGCAGCUCGAUCAUCUGUCUGCUCGACCGCCUUUUCAAACGCUGCGAUCGUCGCAAUCGGUGUCCAACCUGCAGAGGAUAUCGAACACCCUGGUUGAAGAUCGUUUCACACCGUUGCCGGCGCGUAGUCCUCGACCGUCUAGCGUGAUGGGGCAAACGACCUGGAGCGCGAAAAACAGGAAACGGACGCAGAGCCUGGUCGGAGGCAUGAGCGGACUCGGCCGGAGCAAUAGUGUCAUGUCGGACCGGGACUAUCAAUCUCGGCGCGCUUCAGCAGCUCGAGGUGACCAGAGACAGCUGUUGCAGCGCAGAGAUUCACCUCGACUAGAAGUCGGCACGGCAGAUUCUACGAGACCGCCGUCACGUCUUUCGAGUGGGAGGCGGUCUCCAUUGAUGGAAGUGGGUACGCCUAACCAAUCUGAAAAUCAGCCGCCGGUGGCUGCCAACAAGCUGUCACAGUUGAGACCUCUGAUGCUGCCUGCCCAGGCCCAGCGCGAACGAAUGCUAAGGGCGCCCGACCCGCCUGUCACUGCCCCGGCCGAUUCUGGACCGUCCUUGGACACGGAAAAUAUCACUAGAGUCUCCGUUGGUUCGGUUCCUGAUCCCCGUACACAUCAACGCAAGCGAAGCAGCUUGCAGUCUAUCGGGUUUCGCCGCCCCUCGAGCGUUACUCACGCGAGGCCCGGUGACUCGCCCCGACCUGCGCGGCGCCAUUCCCCUGUAUUUGUCGAUGUCGACCAGGGUAUGGACGCCUUCAUCCAAGGUCUUCCUACAGAUCUCGUUGCGUCCUUGUCUAGAAAGAGCAGUCGUAAUCUUCGCACGGAAGAGGUAGCGUUCCGGUCGAACGGAAUAAUCCCAAAUAGUCAAGGUUUGGCUGUACCGAUGCCGAGGUCGGAAGGGUUUCUCCAAUACGAUAGGGCUCGAUCGCCUCGGGAGGACACUCAUGAAGGCCUGGAGGAUCCUUUGACGCUACUCAACCUCAAAGCGAGACAUCGCGCCAUCCAUGCCGUACGGCGUCAGACUGCAUGUCGAUUGCUAGCCCUUCAAUUUCACGGGCUGCAACAAGCUGGUCAAGACCCUCUUUACGUCGCGCGGUACUGGGCGGAUGUUCAUGGUGUGCUCACAAACAUGCGCACAUCACUUAUUGAGGGCACUUCAGCCCUGCGCAAAGCUCUCAAUGAGAUUGGCGAGCGGGCUAAUCAGCCGUGGCACAACCAACCGCAUUCGCAAUUUGCUCCGCAGAAGACGGACGCGCGUGUGUUGCAAGACGAGUUGGACGACCUGUCCAAGCUGGUCCAGAUCACUAGCAAGAGAAUCUCCGAUGUCAGAAAGAUGACCGCUGCAGCAGGCGGCGAUCACACCCUCUUGUCAGGUCAAUGGCAACUCUUGCGCUCCGAUCUUGGUCGGAUGAUCGGUGAUUGGGAGCGAGGACGAAUACUGGUCCAACGCAUGACUGGAAUAACGGACAACUUCGGCAACGCUCGUCUAGCUGUCAUGUCGAGUCCAGCUUCGACCUACAACGAUUAUCCGAUGUUGGAUCGCGAGACAAACACAUCAACUGAGAUGUCGUUGCCUUCGAUACCUUCCAUGGAUGAAAUCGACCCGGAACUGGCCCCUAUGCAAAAGAACUAUGACGAUGCGUCCAUCCACUUGCUCAACUCGACUUCGCCGGCCUUUCUACCUCCACCCGGGAUUGAAUCCGUCUUCGAAGACUUUGUGGCCCGUUUACCGCCGCCACGAUCGUUGGCUCCCGACGGCAGGAAGCUGACACGGGAGGAACGUAUUCAAGCGGUCAAAGCGGCAAGGGAAGAGACUCGAGCCAAGCAAGCCGAGAGGGAUGUUACUGGACCCAACGGCGGCAUCGACAUGACAUCACGAGACACGAAAACUCGCACGGGAGAGGUCGUGACCGAGCUGAAAGACGUGAUCGAUCGCAUCAGAAAGCACCGCCAAACAGAAGCGGCGGAGCGGUGAAUGAUUAUUUGUAAUCCCCAAUCUUUACGAUGUCCUGAAUUAUUACGAAUAUCGAAGUACACCUUGAGCAAGGC